AUCCAAAAGACAUUCUUGUGUUUCUCUUUUUAUAAAUCAGAGAACUGAUUUUUAGAUUUAGACACAAACCCUAAAAAAACAAAAUCUUCUCAAAUUUCACUCGGAAGAACCCUAAUUUGGGUGAUCAAUCGGUAAUCCAUUCCCAAUAUUGGCUGCGAUUUCACCCUUUUGUCUUCCUCGUACCUCGCAUUAACGGAUUUCGGCGUCUCAAGCGAAAUGUUUGAUCUUGUUUUGAGUACCAUUGCUGUGUUUAUGUGCUAGCGCAAUGAUUGAAACUCGAGAGAAAAACUUUUGAAAUUGUAGGAUUUUGCUAGUGUAAAGAGGGUUAAGCAGGGGAAGUCUAGGGUUGAUCAGCUUUACUCGGCAUCAAAUAGGUAGCUUGUACGAAGCUUUGGUAGAUGGAUCGUGUGGUUUCCGGACAAAAAGAUCUUGAAGUGGAUAUUGAAAGCGGUGUAUCCGAUGUUUCACAAGAGAGCACUGCAAAUCUGUCAAAUGGGAGAACAGAACCGGUUUGGAGUGAAUGUUCGAGUUUUGGAGGGACUGAAAUGGUCGGUGAUUAUCUGAACCACCCUUUACUCGGAGACAAGAACUCAGGAGAAAGAAGCGGCCAAAGCUCGGAUCUUCCGGAGAAAAAAUGCGAUAAUGUAAAGCUUAAGAAGUCGAGAAAGCCUCCAAAGCCGCCGAGACCUCCUAAAGGUCCGUCGUUGAGUGCAAAUGACCAGAAGUUGAUGAGGGAAAUAGCCGAUCUCGCCAUGAGAAAGCGUGCGAGGAUUGAGAGGAUGAAAACGCUGAGAAGAAUGAAGGCAGCCAAAUCACCAUCUUCCUGCAGUAGCAUUUUUGCCAUGAUAGUGACAGUUCUCUUCUUCGUCUUUCUGGUCUUUCAAGGAUUCUCCAGGAGUAAUGCGACGAUGAGUUCAGAAGACGGGUCACCCUCACCAACUGUUUCAGCCAGUGACCGAUGGAUUUCGGUUCAGUUCUACAACGAAUUUGCUCCCCGUGGGAAAAUCGAUCCAAGCCCUUCUUCUACCACAUUCAGAUUCAUGGGCGAGGGAGUUUCGGGAGCAGACAAUGGAGAAGACGGGAGAGACAGUCACUAGAUGGAGCAUUCUUGGGGUCGUGUAAUGAAAGGUUCGUUCUUGCGUGUACAUAAAACGUAUUAAUUGUCUCUUGGCGUUAGAAACAUGGUUCCUCUUCGAGGUUUUUAGCUUUUUGUACAGCGGCUGAGCUUCACGCGCCUUGAAACGAUGAUAUGAUUCUACGGCUUCUUCACUUCAUUGUUUUACUGUUUCACCCUUUGAACCGUUCGUGUUUUUUUUUUUCCUUAAAACAUAAAUCGAACCCAAGAUCUGAGUGAGGAAACUAUGGUGGAUAUUGUUUUGGAUUCUUGAUGACUUGAACUUUGGUGUUA